CAGAGCCUUCCUCCCUCCACCGCACCACCACCACCACCGCGCCAAAAACCCUAGGGAGCGAGCGAGCUCACCUCGCCCCGCCCAUGGAGAGAUCCCGCCGCCUGCUGCUCGUGGCGGGGCUCCUCGCCGCGCUGCUCCCGGCGGCGGCCGCCACCUUCGGGCUGCAGCAGGGGGCGCAGUGCGACCCCACGUUCCUGGCGACGCAGGCCGCGCUCUUCUGCGCCCCCGACAUGCCCACGGCCCAGUGCUGCGAGCCCGUCGUCGCCGCCUUCGACCUCGGGGGCGGCGUCCCCUGCCUCUGCCGCGUCGCCGCCGAGCCGCAGCUGGUCAUGGCGGGGCUCAACGCCACCCACCUCUUCGCGCUGUACACCUCCUGCGGCGGCAUCCGUCCCGGUGGCGCCCACCUCGCCGCCGCCUGCCAAGGACCGGCUCCCCCGGCCGCCGUCGUCAGCAGCCCCCCGCCACCAUCGCCAGCACCUCGCCGCAAACAGGCAGCGCACGACGCGCCUCCACCGCCGCCGUCCAGCGAGAAGCCAUCCCCGCCGCCCCAGGAGCAUGACGGCGCCGCACACGCCAAGAGCGCCCCCGCCCUCGCGGCUCCUACCCCGCUCGCGCCCGCUGCCGCUACUGCCCCGCCGCCCGAGGCGCCACACUCCGCCGCGUCGUCGUCCGAUUCGGCCUUCAUCUUCAUCGCCGCGGCCAUGCUCGCCAUUUACAUCGUCCUCUGAAUGGCCGACCCCCAAGGCAGCAGAGUACUUGUCAUCUGAUUCCGUUUCAUGCUUGUCGCCGUUUGUUGAGGUUCGUUUCUGCAGUCCGAACAAGACGGUGGGGUUUUGAUCGGGUACCCAGAUUUCUAUGUCGAUCGCGCGUACUAGUACUAGUAGUUGCUUAGCAGAUGAACGAACAUUGGGUUUUGGGAUUCCUCUAGCUGAUGAACCACUGCUAUUUUCCAUGUGAUCGAUGGAUAUGAUCUGAAUGGAUGGAUGAAGUUUUGGUUUCUGA